AUGAGAUUAUUUUUAUUAUUAUUAUCAAUUUUAACAAUUUCAACUACAACUGUGAAUGCAUUGACUUGUGAAUUAUGUCAAUUCUCAGUUAAAGCAGCUGAAGAUUUAGUUACACAAAAUUUCACACAAAGUCAAAUUAUUCCUUAUUUAGAUUCCGCUUGUUCACUAUUACCAAAUCAAUGGGCUAGUAAUUGUGAAAUUAUUGUAAAUACCUAUGGUUUAUCAAUGAUUAAAUUAGUAUUAGAAAAUGAAACACCAGAAGUUGCUUGUACUCAAUUAGGUCUUUGUGGGUCAAAUUCAUUCUUUACAGAAACUAAAAAAGAAACUUUAGGAAAAUGGCAUUGGAAUAAACACCAUUUAAAUCCAAUCAAGAAAUUAGAAUGUAGUGCUUGUCAUUUUGCUGUUGGUAAAGCUGAAAAUGUUGUAAAUAAAGAUAUUAAUACCGCAAGAGCAUAUGUUGAUGGCCAAUGUGAUACUUUUGCAAUUAAAGAAGCUAUUCAUAUUUGUAAAAGAAUUGUUGAUAAAGAAAUUGGAAGAAUUAUUACUGAAUUAAAGAACCAUGAAAGUAAAGAAACCGUUUGUAAACAUAUUCAUAUGUGUUAA